UUUUUAAGAAUUUUUGUCACUGUUUCGGGACUUGGAUCAGAAACUUUGUCUCUAUUUAUAUUUGAUUCAAGAUUGUUGUGUGUACAACUUCUACGUCUAUCGACUUAAAAAAAUCAAAAUUCAAUGUUCAAAUCUACUUCUUGCACCCAUUAUGAGAAUAAUUCGAACCAUUCUUUGUAUUAAACAAAAUCGUUUCAAUUUUCUCCUGUUGUAUUUAUUGAUCAAAGAACACAGGAAGGAUCACAUAAAUUGCAGAAUUGAUAGGCUGGAGACUGAUUGAAGAAAGUGGUUCAAAUGAUGGAGGAAAAUGGAAAGCAAAUAGGAACAAUUAUUUUGAAAUGAUGUUGGGCUUAUUAAGCUAUUUGCGAAAUGAAAUGACCGCUGAUGAAAAAGCAUCCAUCAGUCAGCCGGUGCCGAGUCUAACACAGCUGAUAGUGAUGCGCCGGAGAGCUUCAAAAUGUUCAAAACAGAAUAAAAGAAAUACUCAAAUGAGUAAAUAAAUACAACUUAUGAAGUAAUAAAGGUAAAAGAGGUCAGCUGAAAAAGCAAACCAAAGAAUCUACCUAAAAAGGAACCAUAUCUAUAAGACACGUUGGUGUAUGCAUUGCACUCUGUUGUUUUCUCCUUUCGAUCGGUAUAGUGACCUUGAAAUUGAGUGUACAACUUGUGAUAUGACACCACCAUCCGCUAAGAAAAAUUCCAGUUUUUAUUUUUAGCCAUUUGUCAUAUAUUUUGUAGCCGAAUUUUGAGAACAUUCGGUUUUUUUUUCGUUGAUUUCACCGAUAUUUGGAUGACUGUUUCAAUUGAGGUAAACAUAUUAGCUUACCAUUCGUGCAUUGAAUGUGCAUGCGUUCGACCGGUUUCACCUGAUACUCGUCUAGAAUUCAAUGAUCGCUACUAACACAGAAUUCUCUGAAUGAGAAUAAAAACAACAAUAUCAGUGCGACCGACGAGAUUGGGGAAAGAGACAACUAUUUGCGUUCAGGCAUACGGGCACACACAAAUAAAGUCAACCCGCUUUUGUGUUGGUGAAUGGACUUUUACGCAGAAUGAUGAAAUAAUAUUCAAUGUUUAGUGUAGUGGCGACGUUAAAAGUGAACGUAGCGCAAGGAAUACACGGCGGAAGCAUUUUACUGUAAUCUUUAUUUACAAGUGUGGAUUUUAUAAUAUUCGUAAGUUUGUGUGCAAUCCAUUGAGAUUUUCAAAAACGUUCGUUCGUUCUUCAUUUCUGAAUGAAUUUUUUUAAAAAAAUAUUGUGAUUCAACGCAGCUGAGAUAUCAUAAUUAAGUUUAAUCGCAUUGUGAAAUGGAUCAAGUUACAGACACCGAAUUUUUAGAAGAUUUAAAGUUUUUUCGUUGGAUAUUAUAUCACCAUGGAGAGUCGGAAAAAACAACUAUUAAUUCUAGCAAUAAUGAUACUGAUAACGAAAGUGAGAACGGAAGUGAAGCGGAAAACAUGAGUGCGAUAUCAAUUGAAAGCGAAGAUACAACUGAAAGAGAAGAAAUAAUUGGAAGUCUUAUGAGAUAUCAUUGUGAACACGGCCAUGGUGAAAUUAUUGCUGAAGAGCUUAUAAUCGCAAAAAAUGGUUUGGAAAAGAAUCUGCAUGAAAUAUUGCGAUCGAUUGCUCCGCAUAUCGAUGAAUCUCAUGACCUGCCUUCGAUUCGCGAUAAAAACGAUGCACUUUGGGAUUUUAACCGAUUAUUCAUUUGUUUGGUUUAUGAAAAUAAGCCACUGUUCGUAAAGGGUUUGGAAUUGGUUGCUGAGAAGCGGCCUGCUGAUCUGUGUACGUUGCUCGUUUCGAUGGAGUUUUUGUUGAUUCAACUCUCGUCCAAGAUAAAUACCGAUUCGGCUUGUGAAAUUUUGGCGUCAGCAAAAGAAAAACUAUCAUCUUUAGACAAUGACACGAUUAAAAGUGCAAUUAAAGAGUAUGACGACUAUCUGCCGGAACUGAAAAGGACAAAACCAGAGAAGAAUGGGUUUUGUGCAGUGGAUUUGAUUGAAUCGGCCAAACAAAAAUUGUGUUGUCAUGGAAUGCGUAAUUCAAACAUAAAAAAGAACAUCGAUCAUAAACAGUGCCUGGAUGUGUUAAUUGACUGGAACGAAAAAGAGCUGUUCGAGUGUGAUAAACACUCCCACACUGCCUUAUACUAUGCUAUUCAGUAUAAAAAUAACGAAGCAAUCAAAAAACUAUUGGAUAAAGGAGUAUACAUCGGAAUGGAUGGCAAAAGCGCUCAAAGAAAGUAUGAAACUUCAUUUAAUAUGCAACGUUUACAUCCAAAAGUGCUUGAAGAGCAUUUUGAUAGUUGCAUUUCUCUUCAAGAAGAUCACAUUGAAAUUGAUUUCAAGAAUUUAAUAGCUCCAUCCUCAGAAGAGCCUCAUGCCAUGAAUUUCAUCGAGUUUAUGUCCGAUUCGAGAGAUUACAAACAUUUAAUCGUUCAUCCUUUAAUUUCGUCCUAUGUGAUGUUAAAGUGGAAUCGAUUGGCGUGUUUUAUUUAUACGGAUUUUAUGCAACAUUUGAUACUCAUGAUGACAACUAUAAUAUACGUGUUGAAGGGUGAUAAAAUCAUUUUUUCGUUCUUUAAACUAAACUGGUUAAAGUAUUAUAUUUGGAUAUUACUGAUGUAUUUGGCCGGGCGAAGAAUAGGUCAACAAAUGUUUUGGCCUGGAAAGAAAACCCGAUACAAUUUGUUACAAUGUAUGCGCACUUUAUUCACAGUCAUUUCUCUGUCACUCGUUUUAUUAGACUUUUCGGAAACGAAUCGCGAAAUAUUCGGCACAUUUGCUAUUCUAUCGACAUCAAUUGAGGCUUUCAUUUCGGCUGGAUCAUUGUUUUGGUCUUUUUCGAAAUAUUAUGUUAUGUUUUUGGAUGUUGCAUGGAACUCGAUGAAAAGUCUUCAACUUUGCGCUAUACUUUUGCCAGCGAUAUCUGCAUCAUUUUAUUUAAUGUUUCGAGAUCAAUAUUCAACGGAAUCUAGUGUAGUAGCUGAAAAUGGAGGCCCAUACGAUAUUAUGAAUAAAACAAAUGGUGAAACCGGUAGCUCUUUCAGUCAAUUUGGUCCUUCGCUUCUAAAGACCAUCGUAAUGUCGACCGGUGAAUUUGAUGCAAGCAGCAGUGACUACGAUCUGAAUGUGAUGACUCUGGGCUUAUUUUUAUGCUUCGUCUUUCUCAUUUCGACUGUCUUUAUGAAUCUAAUGAAUGGUUUGGCCGUUGGUGAUACACAAAAAAUCCAGUCAAACGCCGAAGUGGUGUGCAUGCAACAACGGUGCCGUAUUCUAGCUAGAUUCGAGGAUAUAUUCACAAAUCAAAAGAAUUGGUUCAGCAACAAACUUCCGCAUGUGAAUGAAACCCUCGAAAAAUUCAUAUUAGAAAGUUCGAUCAAAGAAAAUCCAAUUGCAUUUUUGAAGCAUCCUCUCAAUACAAAAAUUUACAUUUCACCAAGUCGUCAUGUUAUAAUUGCACCAAAUCGUUACAAAGGCUAUUCAUAUCGCUGUGGAAAUUCAUUCGAGGAUGAGAACAUGAUCAAACUGUACAGCUGGAUUAGUACACACGCUACUCCCGACGUGUGGUUUUUCUAUAAAUGCCUUCAAAUGGAUCGAAAAAUUGUGCGCGACAUUCGGGAUAUUUUGGACAAAAAACAUGUGGUGCAAAAUGGUGACAAUGGAAAGGAUCACUUGAAAUGUCAGAUUGCAAAUUUGGAAAACGAUGUGGAAAGAGUGGUUGAAUUGAUGAAAGAGAAUGAAGAAAAUACUAAUAAUCGAUAUGAAGAAAUGCUGGACUUAUUGAGAAAAAUGCACGAAGAAAACAAGAAAUAUCAUGAAGAAGUCGCACACUUGAAGUCACUCAUUUCUUCAUUGCAGGGCCCAAAGCCUGGCUCAUCUAGCUCUAAGCCAAGUGGAUCUGUAGACUUACAUAAUGAUGGUGAAAAAGUUGAAAAUACUGAAUAAUUUUAUUUAAAGUCUGAUAUUUCUGAAGAUUUUAGCUUUUCUCAAAAAGAUAUUGCAUCAACUUGAAAAAGUAUUCCAAUAAUAUUGAACAAUGCAUUGUUAAUACUCAAACGAUAACGAAUAAAAACACCUUUUUGUUGAUAGAAUAACAUUGAA